GCAAGGACAGCCCUUAGCAGACAGCAGACGCUGAUACUCGAUAUUUGUCUUGUUAGCCUGCUUUCUACGUAUUAUCUUGUAAAAUUUAUAACAAUGUCGGCUAAAGUAAGGACGAAACAAGAAAAACCUGAUGAUAUCAUUGCUUACAGUGAAUUAGCUGUAAGAAAUAAUGCAGCAGUUGUUGAAUACUGUAGAAUAUCAAUGGCUGCUCUUUCUGGUGGUACAGCAGGUCUUUUAGGUUUGACAGGAUUAUAUGGUUUUGGAUUUUACAUUUUUGCAGUCAUUAGUUUAUGGGCAAUGUUAUUAGUAAAAGCUGGUGGUCAAUGGAAAAAAUACUUUGUUAGUAGACAGAGCCUAUUAACAAAUGGUUUCUUUGGUGGAUUAUUUACAUAUGUGCUGUUUUGGACGUUUCUCUAUGGAAUGGUUCAUGUCUACUAAAAUCCAAUAUAAUGCAGUUUAACUGCAAGUUUGUGUUUAAUACUAGCAUGAAUUUUCACAUCAAGUUAUCUUGAAUCACUUGGACCAAGUAAUUUAAAUAGAGCAAUUUAUUCUUUUAAUAUCUGUACAAAGUUGAUGAUUGUAAAUAAUUUUCAAUUGCUCCAAUAGAAAUAAUAUGAGCAUUGCAGAUAUUACUAAUAAAUAUAUGUAGUGUGGCAAACUUCGGUUUUUUAGAUUUUUUAUUUUUUUUUUACUAUAAAAACUUCAUUAAUAAUACCAAAAAUGCUGCCACAACAAGAUUUUCACAAUAAUCAUAAAAUCUUGAAUAAUUUAAUAUUGAUGUAUAUUUAAAUCUAUAUGUGGAAAAUAAAUUCACUAAACUAUUUCAUGAUGUUUGUUUUUUG